GUGCUGCGAGGGGAGACACGUCUCACCAUCACUCACCAACUUCUGAGGUGGAGGAUUUGAGUGCCUGGGGGCUUCGCCGUCAGUGACACAGACUCAAGGAUCUUGUGAGGAUCCAUCUACUACACAUCUCUCUGAACUCCACAGCCCUCUUUCCUCCCAGGCUUUAAGCUUCUCCCCCCUGUUCUCUCCCUCACCAUGGCUCCCACUCUGGCCACUGCAUUCGCUCGCCGCUGGUGGAUGGCGGUAACAGCCAUCAUCGAGAAUCUGCUUUUCUCCGCCGUCCUGCUGGGCUGGGGAUCUCUGCUCAUCAUGCUCAAGUCUGAGGGCUUCUAUUCCUACCUCUGCAUGGAAAACGCCAAUAGCUCCACGCUGAACCUCUCCUCACCGGAAGUCCAUCCGACCGAGGCGGACUACUUUGACGAGUUUGGGUCGCAGGACGGCGUGGAGGUGGUCCCACUGGUCCGGGCCGAAGACCACAACCGCAUGAACGGAUGGCUCAUAUGUAAGGAACAGGACGAGAUGCUGAACUUGGCCUUCACCGUGGGCUCCUUCCUGCUCAGCGCCAUCACCCUUCCCCUGGGUAUCGUCAUGGACAAGUACGGCCCCCGGAAACUCCGGCUUCUCGGCAGUGCUUGCUUUUCCUUCUCCUGUAUCCUGAUUGCUUACGGAGCAUAUAACCCAAAUGAACUGUCUGUGCUCAUCUUCAUCGCACUGACGUUUAACGGCUUUGGAGGAAUGUGUAUGACCUUCACCUCACUUACGCUGCCGAACAUGUUUGGUGACCUCCGUUCCACGUUUAUUGCCCUUAUGAUUGGCUCAUAUGCUUCCUCAGCUGUUACCUUCCCCGGUGUCAAGGUGAUCUAUGAUCUGGGUAUAACCUUCAUCACCAUCCUGCUGGUCUGGGCUGGUUGUGCCGGGCUCGUCUUCCUCAACUGCUUCUUCAACUGGCCGCUGGAACCUUUCCCUGGACCCGAGGACAUGGACUACACUGUGAAGAUCAAGUUCAGCUGGCUCGGUUUCGACCACAAGAUCACAGGGAAGCAGUUUUACAAGCAGGUGACCACAGUGGGCAAGCGCCUGAGUGUAGGGAACUCUCUCAAGCAGAAAGAACUGGCCACCAAGGAGGGUCAUAAACUCUGCUUAUCGACCAUGGACCUGGAAGUACAGUGCAAGACCAAGGAAGAAACUCAGACCUUCUUGCAGAGUAUUUCCAGCCCUCUCUUUAUCCUGAGUCUGGUCACCAUGUGCAUCACCCAGCUACGCCUUAUCUUUUAUAUGGGGGCCAUGAACAACAUACUGGAGUCUCUCAGCGGAGGAGAUCUUAACACAGUCAGUCUGUACUCUUCCAUAUUUGGUGUGAUGCAGCUGUUGUGCCUUAUGACAACGCCAGUCAUUGGUCAGAUCAUGGACUGGAAACUGAAGGAUUGUGAUGAUGGGGAGUCCGACGAGAAAGAGACCAACAAAGACCAGCCCCAGCCUAAACGCAGAGACAAACAGAUCCAGAAAGUGACCAAUGCUACCAGGGCUUUCGUUUUCACCAACAUCCUGCUGGUUGGCUUUGGUGUCACCUGCCUUAUCCCCAACCUACCUCUACAGAUGCUCUCUUUUGUUCUUCACACCAUAGUUCGAGGGUUCAUUCAUUCAGCCGUUGGAGGGCUUUACGCAGCUGUGUACCCAUCCUCUCAGUUUGGCAGUCUGACGGGUAUGCAGUCUCUGGUCAGUGCCCUGUUCGCUCUGCUGCAGCAGCCUCUGUUCAUGGCUAUGAUGGGACCAUUGAAGGGAGACCCACUCUGGGUGAACGUGGGUCUGCUGGCACUCAGUAUGCUGGGUUUCCUGUUGCCCUUGUACCUGAUCUGUUUCCGUAGACAGCUACAACGCAAGAGGAAGGAACGGGAUAAUGACUCAAAGAUCUACCUGAAAAUCAAUGGAACCGACAAGCCUGAAGCCUUCGUCUAAAGCGAUACCGCGGUGGAGACUGAGAGACGUUGUUAAGAGAUAGAAAGAAAUGUGUCACAACAACUUUCACUUCAGCUUUACUCACACAAGCAGAAACACACACACACACACACACACACAAAACAUAUAUAUAUAAACAUUUUUGCCUCUUUUUCAGAGGUUUGUUGAACUGAUGAGUUGCCAUGGAAACUGACACUACUCUUAGACCUUAAAUAGUGUCUUUAGAGAAUGCUGUAAACAGAAAGACACAGAACAGACAGGUAAAAGGAAUCAGCGUCCCACUCCAUCACCAAGGGGAUGUUCUCCUCAGUUCUUCAAACGUUCUUUACGUAUAUGAUAAUGACAUGUAGAAUGUUUGGGACCAAGCUUUUUGUUUUGUUUUUUUUUUCCUGAAAUUACGAAAUGGUUUGAUGAACCCAGUUUAAAGGCCCAUUCAAUUGAAUUACAUUUAAACUCUCUCACAGUUUUACCACAGGAAGGUAUUUAUAGCUCAGAAAGUAAUAUUAAACACAGAUAAUAUUCCAUCUGGUCUCUCAGACCUUUUCCCACUUUGAAGUCUUACUGUCACAAACAAAUCAGUCAGCCUGUCUGGAAGUUGGAGGGAAAGCAUAGUUUAAUUUAUGCCUUAAUUAACAGGUACUCAGAGACUUUUUAUGCUUUAAACUUUUUUAUUUUUUAAAGUUUUCUGACCUUUUGAGGCCUCACUAUGUGUAACGUCAUACAGGGUGACACUUUUGAGCUCUUGGACAAGUGUGACUACUGUGACAACUAAAGAUGCCCCAGUCAAGGAGAGUAACAUACAAAAUCUGAAGUCCAGUGUGACAAACUGACCGUUUUUCUGUUCGCUGCAGUCAGGUGUAGGUAGAAUGUAUGUACGUUGGAACCUGACGAUUUUAAAUGGAUACGGUCA